AUGCCUUUGGGAGUCCUACAGACACGAGAUGGGGAGGCACCCGGUACUGUCAUUCUCCUUGACAAGGAGAAUCGGAGUGCAGCUUUCAAUUUCAAGCAUGCGCAUGGAAAGAACUCAGAUGUCGUUUUAGUCCCUCAGCCAUCGAAUGAUCCCAACGAUCCAUUAAAUUGGCCGAGAUGGAAGAAAGAUCUCACCCUCGCAGUAGUCUUUCUGAACACUAUCAUCCUCGCAUCAGUACCCGCCCCAAUUCUAGCUCCAGCAACCGUCCUCCUGACGACCGUCUUCCAUGUCAGCCUCGACAAAAUCGCCGUCCUAUCCGGCUACCAACUUCUACUAGUCGGCUGCAUUGGACCGGUUGUAUCAGCACUGGCGCGAAAAUAUGGUAAAAGACCACAAUUCGUGUUCGCAGGCAUCAUGGGCAUCAUUGGCACGGCAGUCUGCUUGUCCGCAAACACAGACUACAACACACUCAUGGCCGGCCGACUGCUCCAAGGAUUUGGCACCACGGCGUUCGAAAGCCUUUCGAUCGCUGUUGUUGGCGACAUGUAUUUCGUCCACGAACGCCCCGUCCGCACAGGAGCGAUCACGCUCACAUUAACCUGUGUUGCGUCUCUGGUGUCUAUCAUCGGCGGUCCCAUAACGGCAAAUCUCGGCUGGCAGUAUAUGUUCAUCAUACAUCUCCCAUUCACCAUCAUCGGUGCGCUGGCAAUUAUAUUCUUCCUCCCUGAAACGCAGUUCGUCCGCAUCUCUGGCGGACAGAGGAUAGGCACGUUGCCGACAUCACUCGAGGAAAACUCGAUCACCUCUAAAGUCGCACAAUCAGAGCAAUUAGAGGAUACAGCCAGUACUGACGCUAAACCACAGUUCUCUGAUUCAAAGGCUGUAUCAGGAUCUCACCCCAUCCCAAGGAAAAGCUACAUAAGCAGUCUAGCUCUAUUCAGCGGCACCUACACGGACGAGAACAUUUUCAAGUUGCUACUUACUCCUCUGGCUGUCCUACUCAACCCUGCCGUUAUAUGGGUCAGUGAUCGCAUUCGAAAUGAUCGUCUUUGA